AGAACAGUUACCUCAAAAUGUUCCGAAACGUAAUCUUCAUCGUUGUUGCCUCUGUGUUGGCUGCACAUCUUAGUGAUGCAAAUGCGUUGAAAAUUAAAUCCAAAGCCACAAAAAUUGUUCCAACUUCUUUGUACGAUGAUGCUCUGGGCAAACUUGCCGAACUAAAACAAAUUGUCAACGCUGCAAUCCAGACAGGAGAUAAAGAACUAGAUGACGGCAAGAAAGAGAGCGCAAACUACGCUGAGCAACAAUCAGAUAAGGCACAGGUCGAAAUUCAUGAUGAAGCCACUAAGAUCGACGGUUAUGUGCAAGAUAUGGCAAAUUUGGUCGAGAGCGUUGGUCAAGAUCCGAGUCGAUGUCUCGGAAUCUAUCAACCGAACAUCGAGCAAAUAUUGAAUAAUGCAACUGAUAGUUUGACAACCUGUAUUGGUACUGUUAAUUCAGAGGUAGCUCAAGUUUAUAACGAUGGUAGGAAUGAUAUAAAUUCUACUUACGACAAAGUAGCCCAGGACGAAGAUCAGCUUGUCCAAUGUAAAAGCACAGGAAGUGUCAUAUGUGUUUCCCCGGUAGUCCGACAGAUUGAUGCAGACAAAAUAGAACUACGAGAAACAAUUGAAACAGUGGUGCACAAAACCACCGCACUUAUUGAAACUGUAACAAAUAAAGUUGAUGGUUGUACAAGUUCCAGCGUCACUAAAUUCGAAACUGAGGGAAAUAACGCUCUUAGUGCAGCUCAAGAUUGUUUUAAUAAAAUGUAAUAUGACGGAUGUACAGGAUCCUAUGCUAUGUAGUUUUAAACCAUAUAAGUAAAUAAAAAAAUUUGAAAAUA